ACGCUAGUUUAAUGCCCAGAGCCAGCAAGCCGCUGUGUGCGCGAGCUUACGUGGAGAGUCCUCCUGACUGUUUACCCGGUGGCAUGGAGAAACAUCUGGACAAGCCGUGCUUCAGCAUGAGAAGAAGAGGGCCAGGAGCACAAAGCGUCUUUCUGAGACAAGACUUACUGGGGAGUGGGCAAAGCCUUUUAGACUCCUCUGAACUCCUCCGAACACUUGGCACAUUCCUUGCUUUUUAACUGAAGGGACUGGUUUCCUUCCCGGCUGGAUUUUUGGCAGCAGCGGGCCGCCUGGGGAGCAGCUCGUCCCAGCAGCAGCUCGCUCCUGUUCUACUAAGAGACUUCCAUCCUUCUUUGUACCCCAAAGGAAGUUUUCCAGCCUCUUGACUAGAUUACGCAAGGCCGAGCACCAUCGAAGCACAGCUGUGUGGUCCCGGCAUCUGCUUUCUUCCCGCUCCACCACUGGCCCGUUUUCAAUAGGUAACUUUGCUGAGAGAUGGCAGACCAGCGUCAGGACGUCACUAUGAUGGAUGAUCACUCAGCCGGCCAGGAGAAGCACAUCCCAUCAGGCUAUCCCCUUCAGAUACCAGUCGAUGAUGGAUCGGAUGAGCCUGUUUCUGAAACAUCUGACGCUAAGAGCACCCCAACUACGGAAGAUGCCACAGCACCCUUAGUGGAGGAAGGAGACCACGAGGAUCAGGGUGGUGUCGAACAGCAUGGGGAGAUCCCGGAAGGAACCACAGCUGAAGAGGCGGGCAUAGGAGCCACCCCCAACCUGGAGGACCACGCUGCAGGAGAUGCCGCUCGAGGGGAGCCGAGCUCUCCAAAGCUGCAGCCCGAACUUCAGGAGCAUGUGGGAGAUGCAAUAAAAAGAGAAAGUCAGCCCUCAAAGCAGGCAGAUGGGGUUCUUCAGGAGCCUCUUUUGUCACAUGAAAUGAAGGCUACAGCAGCUGCUCCCACCAGAAUCGAGGUCACUAUCCCAAUACCCCCAGAUAUGUACCAAGACUCCAGACCGUCUGAAGACAGCGGUGAGUUGUGGGACCAUCGAGGCAGAGAAGGCAUUGGUGUGGAUCAAGCACCAGAAACAGAGCUAAGUCGCGAUGUGUGCACUGAGGGGUUGUCAGAUGCAGAUGUCACAGAUGAUUCCCAUGUUAAAGAUGGGACAUCUCCAUUAUACACCGGAACUCCAUUAAAAGAAGAUGCCAGUGGAUGGGAAAGAGAUGAGGACCGUGACGUUGAUGAAACUGCUCACCAGGAUUUGGUUUCCUUGGUGGGACAGCGUGUUUCUCCAGGACCCGAAAUGGGCUUCUGUCUAGCAACAGCCAAGGAAGCUCAUGAAGAACAUGCUUUUGCAGAAAUCAAGUCCAAAGAUGUCCUUGGAGAUGUGUCAAGAGAGGCACUUGUUGAAACUGAAACACACAAAGCAGGACAGGACCAAGAGGAGAGGAGACAGCCAUUGAGAGGGGAAGAAGAAACAGUUGUCACCGUAUUAGAGCCCUCUGAAAUCUCCCAAAGAGAAGCUGAAGCUGGGGAAGGAGAGGACUCAAGACCCUCGCUAGAAAUAGCCAAACUCCCUGUUGGGUUAAAAGAUGAUGUGGAAGGCAAGGAUGCUCCUUUGGAAGAGGCUGUGCUGGAUACAGGAGAACAACGGACUCCCAAGAAGAAACCUGGUGCUCACAUUGCAGAGAAAGCAGGCAGUCGUGUUCCUCUCCGAAAAGCUCGUAUUGACAGCAAAGACAAGGAAGGGGCUGAGGCUGAGGAGAAGAAGCCGAAGAAAUCCUCACCUUCCACUGCCAACCCCCCAGGCAAUAGACCCUCCAUCCCCCCCCAACGACACACCUCCUCUAGCACAACCCCUUUGAAAACACCCUUCAGCCCUGCUUCCACCUCUAAACGAGUCUCUUCUGUCACAUCCCGACCCGCCAGUACCGGAAUGCAAGAAACCAAAGCCAAGGGCCCAGAGAUGAGAGGUGGCACGAAGACAGGCACACCACGGUCUGCGGCGGGGCAGGCUCAGAGGAACUCGGCCAAUGCCACACGCAUCCCGGCAAAGACCCCCACGGCCCCCAAGACGCCUCCCAGCUCCGGCAAAAAGGAGCAGAAAAAACCACCUCCUGCAGCAGCAAAGUCUGAGAAAGGUGAGCAGCCAAAGUCUGGAGACAGAAGCGGUUACAGCAGUCCCGGCUCCCCGGGGACUCCAGGCAGCCGUUCCCGCACUCCUUCUCUGCCCACCCCGCCAGCCAGGGAGCCCAAGAAGGUAGCGGUGGUUCGUACACCGCCAAAAUCUCCUGCCUCUGCCAAAAGCCGCAUCCAGCCAUCAGCUGCCCCCAUGCCUGACCUGAAAAACGUCAAGUCCAAAAUUGGCUCAACUGAAAACCUGAAGCACCAGCCCGGAGGUGGCAAGGUGCAGAUUGUUAAUAAGAAGCUGGACUUUAGCAGCGUUCAAUCCAAGUGUGGCUCAAAGGAUAAUAUCAAACACAUCCCGGGAGGAGGCAGUGUGCAGAUUGUUAAUAAGAAGUUGGACUUUAGCAGCGUUCAAUCCAGGUGUGGCUCAAAGGAUAAUAUCAAACACAUCCCGGGAGGAGGCAGUGUGCAAAUCGUUUAUAAGCCGGUCGACCUGAGCCACGUGACGUCCAAAUGUGGUUCCCUGGGCAACAUCCAUCACAAACCAGGCGGUGGCCAGGUGGAGGUGAAAUCUGAGAAACUGGACUUCAAAGAUAAGGUGCAAUCAAAAAUUGGGUCGUUAGAUAACAUCAGCCACGUCCCUGGAGGAGGAAAUAAAAAGAUCGAGACUCAUAAGCUGACCUUCCGCGAGAACGCCAAAGCCAAGACUGACCACGGCGCCGAAAUCGUCUACAAGUCCCCCACCAUCUCCGGAGAUGCCUCCCCGCGCCGCCUUAGCAACGUCUCCUCCACCGGCAGCAUCAACAUGGUGGACUCCCCCCAGCUUGCCACGCUAGCCGACGAAGUGUCUGCUUCGCUGGCCAAGCAGGGCUUGUGAUCGGGGCGUUGCGAGCGGAGAAGAGAGAAGACAAGGAAAGAAACAAAAGAAACAUAAUAAUCUGGCCUUCUUCCUCUGUUCCUUUUACAGCUGCUUCCCCGUCCCCUAACUGGUUAAUGAUUUAACCUGCUUUUACUGUUCAUUCAGCUCUAGCUCCAGGACUUCAAAAUCAAUGACACGAUGAGGUACAAAACCUCCUCUCCCCCUGCUCCUCGGAGCCCAUGCCCGGCCCCUGCUCCCUCCCCUCGUCCCCCCGCUGUCCCGGCCCUGCCCGGAGUGUGUGCAGGGAUGCUCCCAUCCCAGGGAAAACACCCCCCCCACACCCAAGCUCCGUGCAGUGGGAGGGCAUGAGGGGGCAGGGGAUGCGACAGCCCCGGAGCUGCAGUGCUGGGACCUUCCCACGCUCGUUAGCCUAACGAUGCCGGGGCCGGAGGGCUGGCGCUGCAUCAGGGCCGGCAGCGGGUGCUGCAGCCGGGACGGCUGGGAGGUGCCCUCCCCUUAGGCAUUAAGUUUGCCUGCCGAUUUGGAAGAAACGUUUUGGUUUUACCUCCCAAAGCCGAGAUGUGUAUGAAGAUAACUGCCAGGUACCCCCCCCGCCCCGCUCUCAGCUCCGCAGCUGGAGUACUGGCGACGCUGGGGGCAGCCCGUCAGGAAGGGGCCCCGUUCGGCCUGUCCCCUCCCCGUGGCUGUGCUGGAACCGCUGAGUGGAUGAGUAGAGGCUUUUCCCCCUCCCUUUGGCAGCCCCUCGUGUCGUAGAGUAGAUGUGUCUGUAUAUGCUUGGACCGUGCCAGGGUGAUUGUUUCCAUAAAUGAGCAUGUGUUUAAAAAAAAAAAAAAAAGAAAAUGCUGUAAGUAGUUUUGAGCCGCCCCGUGCGCUCCCCGCGCUGGCUCUGCCGCACCCCGGGCGAGGCGGGCAGGAGGCGAAGCUUUGCUAAGCUCCAGGUUGUGCCCAGACCCGGCACUGCCGGAGCAGCCCGGCACCGCAUGUCUGCCGGGACGUGGGGAUGGGAGCAGCGCGGGGUGGGCACGCUGUGGCGGGGGGCACUGGGGAAGGGGGGGGGGCCUCACAGCUGAGAGGUGCCCCCCCGGAUUUGGGUGCAGCAUGUAACACUUUGGGUUGUGGGGGCUUUUUUUUUUUUGGUUUUUGUUCCCCCUCCCCAGGCAAGGACAGCUAAGAGGCUGCAGAGGCGGCUGCUCCCCGGCCCUGCCGGUCUCACGCGUUUGGCAGCGGUAGCAGGCAGCGAGGGGAAGGCGCGAGGGAGGCUGUAGCUCUUGGCCGGUGGCGGCUCCCCCAGGCCUUUCCCCGAGCGCUGCUGCACGGGGGGGGGGCCCGGCCGUGGCGGAGGGCUCAGGCAGGGCUGGCGGCGGCUCCGUGGCCCCGACCCUCGCCGGGUGCUCGCCUGGUUUGCGCUGGCAGUGCGUUUCCCCCCCCCCCGGCAGCGCUGCCUGCCCCCCGCACCAAACGGGAGCCCCGCUGUGUCCUUCCUUCCCUUUGCUGCUUUUGUUCAUGUGGCAACUUAGGGAGCACGAGGGGGGGGGCCAGGUCUGCGCGGCACCCCAGGUUCCCCCCCCCCUUCCUUCGACAACCAAAGAGGCUGAGACGUGGCGGGUCAGCUCGGUGCCCAGCCUCCCCCCCGCCUCCCAGGAGAGGCUGGCUGGGCAGAGGGGACACGUCGGGGGGCAGGAAUGGGGCGUGCGGGCGGCCGGCCCAGCUUGGCCACAGGCGGUGCCCCCACAGGGCCGUGCUGCGAGGAGAGCUGCGCUUUCCUGCCAUGGGGAUAACGGUGAAAAGCUGCCCUGAGGGGGCUGCGGGAGGAAACAGCUGCGGGGCGAGCGGCACGGGGACCGGUUGGGUCCGGGACAGGGGACGGCGGCUUUGGGGGGGGGGGGGGUCCAGCCCCUCUCUCUGCAGCCCCAGGCAUUGCUUUACUGCCGGGGAGCGGCUGGUCCAGCACCACUGCGAGUCAAACAGCCCCCGUUCAGCACCUCACUAGCUCCAUUUAAAUUGACUCGAUGAUUGUAAGAUUCUGUAUUUUCAGUCCGUGACGAUCUCUGUAGUGGUGUAGGAUGUAGGAGCCGCUGCGAUGUUUUUGUCCUAUAUAAACUAAGCAAGUGGGAGAACCCCAAAACACCACUUACCCCAUUUAACCCUUUCCAGCUGCUGCUGCCGGGCAGGACAGGUCAGCUCAUAGCCAACUUGGCCGAGUCCUGGACCUGCCCGGUCCCUGCCGGGCUCCUCCGCGCAGUUCCUGGGGACACCAGCGCCCUGGGCCAGGAGUCAUCUUUAUCGCGCAGCGAGCUCCAACAAACGGCCCCCAUCCCGCUGCCAGCGUCCGCCGCUGCACACACGUCCCCUCCUGUCGCCCUCCCCACCACCAUCCUCGCCCCACGCGGGGCUGCGGCGAAGGUCAGGACAGACCUCUGCUCCGCGGCGGCUCCUGCCGACCCCUUCCAGCGGCCCCAGCCCAGCCCCGAGCCCCCUUCAGACCCAGGCCCGGGGCGCAGCACUGCCAGCCGGCCCCGCUGACCCAGGGCUCCUCCUUGCCUCCACACACAUCUUGGUCUGGAAAGGGUUAAAACUGGCACUGAUUCCAAACCAUGUUUCUGAACUCAAAAAAACCCGCAUGUUAAACGCAGGUCGGGUGUCAGGCUAACACUGGUGGCUGCAGUCCCGUAUUCCCGUCAGUGCGCUGGGGAGGGGAGGGCAGGUUUGAUCUCAGUAUAUCAUCCUAGCUUAGCUUCCUGUCUGUGAAUGUCCAUAGUGUAUUGUGCGUUUUAACAACUGGUUUACACUGUUGCCGUAAAAGUGAAUUUGGAAAUAAAGUCAUUACUACAAUAAA